CAUAUCACGGUUGUGUUCCGGCUCGACCGUGAAGUCUUCGGGCUGACUCGGCUCGGAUGUGCUAGUGGAGAAGGGGUGUGGGAGCCCCGGCAGGGCAAGAGAGAAACGCCGCUGAUUCCCCUCGCCCCUCCCCCGCGUGCUCCGUUCCAAGGAUCCAUCUACGACAUGGGAGGCAGCGAAAUCACUCUGUCCAACGGCGACGUGAUAAGGAUCACCAAGAUCAAGCUCGAUAAGAUUCUGGUGAAAGUGGUGGCCAUGGACGGCAAAGAGUGCAUCGUCCCUCGCGGCAUCAUCAUGGAAAUCCCAACCGAUUACACAGGCCUUUUCCAGAUCCAGCCGAGCAAGCGCAUUUACGCCACAUUCGAGGACAUCGCCGAGUGCUACAAGCUGGCCCGGCGCGGCGGCUGGCACCUGGCGUUCCACGCCUCCGUGGAGAUCCGCGCCGGCGACGUCACCGUCAAGGCAGGCGAGCGGCUGGUGCCGCUGGCGCUGGAGGAGCGGCACGGCGAGGGGGGGCACCGCGACCACGACGACGACGACGCCGACCCCCCGUGCGUCCGGUGGCGCUGCGAGCGCAAGGGCCGCGGCGGCGGCGGCGCGGGGGCCACGCUGCUGCUGCCGCUGCGUUUCAAGGGCGACUUCUACGAGGCGCGGGACAACGGCCACUACACGUUGCUCGAGGUGAUCCACUGGCGGCUGCUGCAGGACGGCACGCGGAUGGUGCGGCCGCUCACGUCCACGCAGGGCGUGCAGCACCUGCCGAGCGGCUUCCAGGGCGUGCUCAAGCUCACGGCCAGAAGCUCCAUCGUGGGCUUUGUCAACGGUGAGUUCCCCGCUCUCCGUCGUCUCGGUCUCGAGGUGCCGUCAAACACUGCCGCGGUCGCUUCACGGCAAUUGGGGCGGAGCAGCGCAGAUGGGGUGAAAUUGGGGACGAUGGAACAAUUCCAAAGCAAACACUUUGACAAGGAGUGCUGCCGCGGUCGACUUGCAGUUCAGUGCACCGCUCCUCUAUUCUGUGCACCCUGUUUAUCAGAUGCCAUGGGAGAGGUCAUCGUUCCAUCUAACCUGGACGUCGAGGUCAGAGAUGUCACCGAAGAGUACAGGCAGAAGACAUUCGUCAUGCCAGUCACGCUGGUGGAGAUCUUCAAAUACCCGGCCGACCGCUUCCCGCUGUCCGUGCUUGUUCUGGAGGCGCAGCGGUGCUACUCAUCCUGCCCGAAGGUCAAGUUCGAGGUCGGCGCUCAGUUCACGGUCCACCGGGCCAUGGAGGUCCGCAAGGUUCUGGUGACGCGCGAGCGCCUCGCUCUGCCGCCGCAGAACUUCCUCGUGCCGCUGUUCUACCACGGCCUGGUGACCAAGCGUCCCCGGGUCUUCUGCUCGACGUUCGACAUCGACGCCGCGUGGGCCAAAGGCGACGAGGAUCUGGAGGUGCGGGCCACGAUGGACUACAAGGCCGACCACGAGGAGCUCGGUUCACUGGCGCAAGGGGACCGGCUGACAGUCCGGGGCCGGGAGUUGCUCCGCAUCAAAAGCAACGACCGUUACGAGGAGCUGGAGACCCUGCGGUGCCUGCGGAGCGCCCCCUCGGGCGCCCCCCACGCCGCCGCCGUCGUCCACCUGCCCCUCUACGUGCAGGGCAGCUUUGUGGAGGUGGUGAAGGAGCAACGGCGAUUGUCGCUGGCGCAGGUGGUGGAGGACGGCCCCAUCCCCGUCAACGUCAAGGUGGUGGCGGGCGACCCGCUCCUGCCAGACGAUCCGCUCGCAUCCUCCUCCAUCACGGUGGAGGGGCACUUCGAGGACCCCUGCUUGAUCGUGAGCGGGGAGAUCGCCGCCGGCUGCUUCGAGAUCCCCAUCAACAGGGUGCACAUGAAGGUGCAAGUGUUGGAGAAGGGCAGCACGUGGCCUGUGCCCCCGCCGCAGAUGAACCUGGAAAAGGUGCCGUCGUAUUUUCUGAGCAACUUCAGGGGAAUCAAUUCGGCGAACAAGGGCUGCCCGCCGGUGCCCAUGAGGUUCACCAGAGACAAAGCCAUUUCGAAGGAGAGAGGGCCAGCGACGUCAGGAAAGGAUGGCCAAUCGUCUCCGUUGGAAUUGUCGACGCCGAAUGUUGCUGAGCGGUCAGGCAGCCUGAAAAUCCAGACCACGGCAGGGGAAGACAUGGGGAGAGCCGCCUCGGGCAGCGAUGAUGAUGACGACUACGAAGAUGUCUAUGUGGAGGCGGAGCCCUCUCAGUCAGAAGCAUCUAGGGACAGUGACGACAGUUACAGCGACAUUGGCCUGCCGUCGGAAACGAUGGAGUUCAUUAUUGCCCAAGAAGCGGCCAGCAGAGCACAAGAAGAUUUUCGCGAAGACGACAAAAACGUCUACACCAACAUCGUGACAAUCGGCGGCAAGAAAGGGCCGUGCAAGUAGCGACCUGCUACUUGACAGCCGCUCAUCGCUAGCGACCACAGAGCGGCUCAUCCGAUCCGGCUCAAAGAAACAACAGAAGGCGAUUGCUUGCGUUGCGAUCGGAACGUCCUUAAAUUGUUAUUAUUUUGAUGAUUUUUUUCUAUCUACGUGGCUUUACCGAAAGACCCAAAGAAGUGGAACAACAGAGUCCAGGGAACGUCGCGCAGCACGCGGGGUGGGGGAGUGCGUGGGUCCCCGGCAGGCAACCGAUUCGCUUUUUCGCCAUUCCAAUUCGGAGCCUUCACAUCACUACCACCAGUUACUUGCUUACCGGAUUAUACGACGCACUUUCUUUCCCUGCAUUUCAAAGUAAAAGUUGGGGUUGCGUCUUAUAAUCCACUGUGUGUGUUGCGUGUGCGAGACCAGAUUUGUUUAAGUUCAUUGACGCCAGGCCAAAAUGUGGGGUGCGUCUUACUUUCCGAAUCGUGUUACGGUCUCGAGGACGCGGCACGCGAAGUUGUUGAGAGUGGGGAGCCCCCCGGAUGCUCCAUGCCCGUCAGGCACCGUCACUCACCUGUGCUACAGCGCUACCUGCAGGCGGCUGCUGGAAGCCCCACUCCGCUGAUGAUACCCAAUCUACCCAAUUGGCCCAGUGUUUGCUUAAACGUAACUGAUUAAAGUCUAAAGGCAUUCUUUCUCGCGUAUUAACAUUCUCCACAACGCCUCUCAGUGGUUAUAUUAUUAUGAUGUUGUGUGUGCAGAAACGUAGGUGAUGUCUGGCUAGCGACCUUAGUCUACCCAUUCACUCAGCUGCGGGGCUGAAUUAUCAAUAUACGUCAAUACAGUAAUGGAUUUAUACAACUCAUAGAAGGUAUAUAGUUAUCAAUUAAAUGGCGUGGUUUGUGACCGUGUGAAUAAACGCCACCGAUGGGUGAACAACUCGAAA